AUCUCAUAUAUACUCCUAUGGAAGUCAUGUAAGUGUAAACAAUUAGUAGGUUAAACUCUCACCUUCAUGAGCAAAAAGUUCAAGGAAAAACGCAUUUGAAGUACUCUUAUACAUAUACCACACACGUGUGACUCAAACAAUUAUUCCACUUCUUCUAGUUAUAUAUUAAACAAUUACUUAACACAGUAGGUUACCGAUAUGUAAAUAAACUCCGCGAAUAUUGUUCGCUAACUGCAGGCACCUUUCGAUGGAUUGUUUUAUUGGCACUUGAACGAGCAUAUUACACUGUUUUCGUUUAUGUUGAUAUAAAUUAUAGAUUAUAUAAAUAAUAAAUUAAAGUGUGAUGGCUUAAAGUAAUAACACGCGUAGGCAAAAGAGCCAAACCUUCUGGAAAAAUUGACAUUUAUGAUACAUUUCCCUUCAUGAGACACCGGAUGUUUCAUGUUUUGACUUUUAAGUGUUUUUAAAUUUCCAAUCACUCCAAUUAGCGGUCAUCAACUGUAUCAAAGCUCUUAAAUGCCUGAGUGAUAAUUAAAAUCAAACUAAUGCUGAAUGUUUCUCGAUCAUGAUCUUGAUUUCAUACCCUCACCGAAAAAUGCACCAGAAACACGAAUGAUUUUACUCGUAAUGCGAGAUUUUGCUCAUUAUGAAAAGCAUUUGUUGAGCAUUUAGAUUUCUAUGUAUAUUUGUAUGUAUGUACUUAUGUAUGUCAGACAAUUUCUUUGGCAUAUUUGUAAUGUUUCUUUUGUGUGUGUUUUUUACUAUCGUUCUCUUUUUUAUGUACUAUUAAAUGCUUUGUUUUUUGGCAUAUUUUUCCAUUUUGGUUUUUUCUUUUCUCUCGGUAGAUUAGAUUUUUUGUGAGUGUGUGUAUUUUUCUAUCAGUUUGAUUGAUCCUGUUGCUUAGUCUCUUUGGUAGGGGUCUAGUAAUUUGCGUUUGUGUUAUUUAUGAAUGUUAGUUUUUUUUUCUAUUUUGUUACUUAAGUUUGUUGUUAUUUAAAGGUUUUUGGCUGUUUUUAUGAGAAAGCUGUAGACAGCUGUACACAGCGGAUUGCCCCCUAAAUUAUCUUUUAUCUUAUCAGAAAGAGCUUUUGGGGUGUUACUCUCCGCAUAGCACUAUGAGUUCAUUCAACUUAUUAUCUUUUCAAAAUUCUAUAUUAUUUUUUUAUAAAUUCUGAUAUUGUUUUGAAGGUUUUUCAUGAAUUUUCUUUCAAUUUUUCUUGAGAUUAUCUAUACUUAUUUCCUCAUUUCUAUUGUAUUUAUCACAUUUUCCAUUCUCUUACAUCUCAAUAACCCUUUCAAGAUAUUUCAAUCUUGACAGCAUUGUGUAUGAUGUGGGUUGGGAACAGAGUGGCCAUGUUUUUUUGCGGUUUUCGGUAGGAGCCUCAAAAUUUUAUCGGUAGUUUUCGGUAGGAAUUUCAAUUUUUAUCGGUAGUUUUCGGUAUGUUUUUAUCAGAUUUGGUACAUAGCGGUCACAAGAAUGAGGCCUUUCUGAAGUGUCAAUCUAGAAUUGUACUCGGGAUUCUAAGCCAACGCAGGAUUGAGGGCCCAUUUUCUUUUGAGCGGUGGCGAUUCCCUUUUCUCGGGGUUUCACGAGGCCGCUUAGGACCAGUCGCAGUGGCAGUGCUAAAUCGAAUGCGAGUUAAUCGUAUGUGCUGUCACAGCAGCUAUUUCUAUUGAUAUUGCGAUUAUUUUGACAUAACAAUAACCAUAAAAACCUACGUUUGAGAUUGUAGGAUCUGUAGGACAAAUCUGGUAUAAUUACAAUCACAGAUUUUUUUAUUCAGCCGUAAGACAAGAGCGCACGUCUUAUCUAUGAAAUCCCAUAUAAAAUUUACCAGCACGUCCAAAUUCAUCGCACAAGAACAAAUUAAACCGUAUAAUGUGCCGCGCGUACGAGCCGCACCGUGAGUCCUACCGGGAGCCCUGCUCGACCGGUAGCCUGUAACACCCGAAACGGAUAAAAAAUUAUUUCAACUUCACUUUAAAAUAUUUUUGUGAGAAAAUUCGUGAAUAGUUUUGCCGUAACAAAUGUUGAACAAAUGUUGCCGUAACAUGUUCUUAGACCCAGGCCUUAUAAUACAAAACUGCAGUACAUAUUACAAAUGACUUGGAUAUACCCUGUAACGAAUUAGACUUGACUAUCACUGUUUCUUCACUACAGCUUGUUGCAAAAGUUGGUAGUAAAAUUUUGUAUAAAAAAAAGAAAAUUCGACUAUUUUUUAUAUAAGUUUAGAAAAUUAAACAAAUAGGUGUCGUUUGGAAACAGAGUUCUUGAAAAAAAAUGUCUUUCAGUUAACUAUCAUUUUCCUUGGCGAUCGUGGAAUAAUGAUGUCCCACCUCAUACUCCUGCAUAUGAAUGAGAAGGACGAGGUUAUCGAUCCGACUUCACAACACCGAUUGGCGCAUGCACACAUACACAAUCCUACAUUUAACAGUUUGAAACAUCCCAAGUGACAUUUGUUCUAAAUUUUUAACCAUGAUCUACUAGAAUGGCGCUCGAAAUACCAAAAAAAUGUGAAUUUGUGUGUGAUAAACCAUGUAGAAAGUGUCAAAAUUUAGUUUGUACGUGCGAAUGACCUUCUUCUAUUGGAUGAAGAUGUCGUCCAAUUCGUUGUAGAUUAAUUUGCUUGAAUAUUUGGUGAAAAAAGAAGGUACAUUUCGUACGGCGUUAUUUGGUGAAAAUUUGACGGUUUUUUGUAUAAAAUAAAUUAUACGACCAGUAAUAACCAUAGGAAACGUUAUUUCCCAAGGGAUAGAGAAGAAAGCAUCGAAAAAUACAUUUUACAGUCGAUUUUAAAGGACUUGCUCUAAACGUCCCUUAAUCUGUUGCAGUUUAAGAGAAGUUUAAGGUGCUAGUUCACGUGAAAUAGCUCGAAACCCCGAUUUUAGAACUCGAAAAUGCAAUUGGGAUGCUUAAAUUGUUUUUGAACUUUGAUUUGGUGCGUUUUUGGUAUCUUAGUUUUUUGUGUCUAAAUUCACUUCACACAAGUCAGUAAAAUGAUUCUUUUAUGUUUAAUGCUAAUUAUACAGGUCUAUACUAUUGCCGAAUGGGCUCCAUGCCCUUUUAAUCGCAGAUUCAACUGAUCUAAUGGUUUCACGGUCUAAAAACUACGAAAAUUUUGAACAAACUACGAGCAGUACUUCAUCUGAUGAUGAAGAUUCAAAAGGAUCUGAGGAUAACGAACGGUUGGUUAAUAAAGUGAAUGUCUAUUGCGACUCGGAUGAUGAUAGUGACAGUAGUGUUAAUGAUUCUUUGAUAACGAGUGAACAUGAAGGUGAAAAAUUAGCUGCUGCUGCCCUUUGUGUAGGAGUAGGUUCGUUCAGCGAUCCGCGCCACGUGCAAGGCCUAGCGCAUUUUUUAGAACACAUGAUUUUUAUGGGAAGCAAAAAGUACCCGCGGGAAAAUGAAUACGAUUCCUUUAUCAGUAAAUGCGGUGGUUUUGACAAUGCAGUAACGGAUUUGGAAGAAACCACAUUUUAUUUUGAAAUAGAUGAAGCGCAUUUAGAUGGAGCUUUGGAUCGUUUUGCUAGUCUAUUUACUGAACCGUUAAUGCUUCGCGAUUCCGUUUGCCGUGAACGUGAUGCCGUUGAAAGCGAGUUUCAAACAAACAAGAAUCGUUUUACUCCGGCUCGUGAACAAUUGAUAGCAUCACUCGGUAAUGAUCAUCAUCCAAUAAGUUUAUUUUCUUGGGGAAAUUUAAAAACUUUAAAAAAUAACAUAUCAGAUGACGAAUUGUAUAAGGAACUCCAUAAAUUUCAAAGGCAACACUAUUCAGCUCAUCGUAUGCACUUUGCUGUACAAGCGCGCAUGAGCCUUGACGAGCUCGAAUCCCUAACUGUAAAGCAUUUUUCAAGCAUACCUUCCAACCAACUACCAGCUAAUAACUUGUCAGCAUUGUUUAACGAAAAAAAUGCUUUUCGGGAUGAAUUCUACCGAAAACUUUUAAUUGUGAAACCAGUCUCAGAUGUGUGUCAACUAGACAUAACGUGGUGUUUACCACCUAGCAUAAAAGAUUACCACGUGAAACCAAUUGAUUACAUUUCCUAUAUUAUGGGCUAUGAGGGUAAAAAUAGUUUAACGAGUUAUCUACGUAAGCAUUCAUUGGCCCUAGAUGUACAAACUGGAGCAAAUUUUGGAUUUGAAAAAAAUUCGCUUUACACGCUGUUCGGAGUAUCCAUCACUAUGACCGAUCGUGGAUUAGAAAAUGUUGAGCAAAUUUUAAAAGCUGUAUACUCGUUUGUACGAUUGCUAAAGCGCGAAGGACCUGUUGAAUGGAUUUACAAAGAACUGCAAGAAUUGGAAGCAACAUCUUUUCGAUACCGUAAAGAAAAAGAAGCUAGUGAUAAUGUGGAAGAAUUAGUUGUCAACAUGCGUUAUUAUCCUUCUGAACAUAUUAUCACUGGCUCAGAAUUAUAUUUCAAAUACGACCCGAACGAGAUAUGGACGGUUAUCAACAACCUAAACAAGCCACAGUUUAAUCUGAUGAUAUCGUCUACAAAACCUUAUAGAAAUGUAACUUACAAUCGUACUGAGGCUUGGUUUGGAACGGAAUAUGUCGAGUUAGAUGUUCCAAAAGAAUGGCAACUUUUAUGGGAAUUGGCGGAACCAAUGCCAGAAAUACAAAUUCAAGAGAAAAACCAAUAUAUUUCGACCAAUUUUACGAUAUUAGCGGAUGUAACAGAAAAUUUAGAGGUUCCACCUCACCCAGAGAAGAUUUUCGAAAACGAUUUAUGUGAACUAUGGUUCCGCCAAGAUAAUAAAUUCCGGCUUCCUUCAGCACUAAUGUAUUUUUACAUAAUUUCUCCGCUACCAUUCAAUAAUCCUAGCAGUUCCGCUUUGGCUGGAUUGUUUGCCUCGAUUAUUAAAUAUCAAAUAGCAGAAGAACUCUAUCCAGCCGAAGUGGCGGGAUUGAAUUAUGAACUAUAUUCGGCAGAGAAAGGAUUUGUGUUGAAGAUUGAUGGAUACAAUGAAAAAUUACCCAUCAUAGCAGACGAAAUAUCUGCUUCAAUGGGACGAUUUGCAGAAAUAUUUAAAGAGAGUAUUUUUGAUCUGAUCAAAGAUAAACUAGAAAAAAUAUACUAUAACGAAGUGAUGAAACCUAACAAGCUGAACAGAGAUGUUCGUUUAAAGCUUGUUCAAUUAAAUCAUUGGUCAACGUGGGAAAAGUUUGAGCAUCUUAAACAUUUUACAAUCAAUGAUGUACGUCAGUUUGGAAAAGAUUUCUUCAAAAACUUCAAAAUUCAAGCGCUAAUACAGGGUAAUGUUGAGAAAGAAACUGCUAAACAAGUGAUAGAUAAAGUCUUGAGCAACCUUAAUGGAUCGCCGAUUGGAGAUAUCAAAACCGUUGAAUCGAAGGCACGUGAAAUACCUAUCGGGGAUAAUUAUCUACGAGUUUCCAAUUUUCGAGAAAAUGAUAUAAAUACUGUAACUACGACUUUCUACCAAGCGGGGCCUGUCACUCCGUUCCUGCAUGCGUGUCUAGAGCUGCUAGUUUCGUUAUUAGAGGAGCCAUUAUUUGACAUGUUACGUACGAAGGAGCAACUGGGAUACGAUGUGUCGACUACACUGCGCGAUAAUGCUGGAAUAUUGGGAUUAUCGUUUACAAUUCAUUCACAAGAAAACAAAUUUAAUUAUCAAUACAUAGACGAAAGGAUUGAAAUAUUUAAUCAAAACUUUUUAGAACUAUUGCAUAAAAUGACAGACAUAGACUUUGAGCUAGUGAAAACAUCUCUUAAGCAUAGGAAACAAGUCGUAGAUACUGAUCUGAAAAAUGAAGCCUCUCGAAAUUGGGGUGAAAUCACAACAGAAGAGUAUAUAUUCAAUAGAAACAGCUUAGAAGUACAAGAAAUUAUAAAAUUGUCAAAAACUGACGUUUUACGUCUAUUUCAAACACUUGUAAUGGAUCCAACCACUAGGAGGAAACUAUGUGUACAGGUCGUUGGUAAUAAUGAUAAAAUAACGAACAAUACCGCACUAACUUACAGCAAUAUUGAUACGAAGAGAGCUGCGAGCUUUCAAUUAAAUUACAUUCAUCACGAGGAACCUUUAAAAGACGAUUGCCGGUACAUAGGUGAUAUCGAAAGCUUUACGAAACAACUAAAAGUGUAUAAUAUGGUUAAAAUGGAUUUUUGCACGGGGAAUUGAAAUUUAUUACACAGAAAUUUUCACAAUGAUUUGUUGAAUUGUUUUCCAUGUUUUUCAGCUUGUUGACGACGGUGCUGCUGAAUAUAAUUGUUGAAGUUUAUUUCUUCCGCUUCGUCGUCUCCUAAAGUAUAUAUACAUUUUGAAAAGAAUAGAAAGAAAAAAACAUCAAUAAUAACAACAAUAAAAAUA